AUGUUUCCUUUUUCACGAUCUUUAGGUCUGAUGCAGCAGGCUCCGCCUGCUCAGGGACCUCUCAGCCUGCCCAAGGAGCCCAGCCUGCUCAGGCACCUCAGCCUACCCAGGGAGCCCAGCUUGCUCAGGGACCUCAGCCUACCCAGGGAGCUUAGGCGAUCCAGGGACCUCAGCCAACCCAGGGAGCUUAGGCGAUUCAGGGACCUCAGCCAACCCAGGGAGCUUAGGCGAUCAGGGACCUCAUCCAACCCAGGGAGCUUAGGCGAUCCAGGGAGCAGGGAGCUUAGGCGAGGCGAUCCAGGGACCUCAGCCAACCCAGGGAGCUUAGGCGAUCUAGGGACCUCAGCCAACCCAGGGAGCUUAGGCGAUCCAGGGACCUCAGCCAACCCAGGGAGCUUAGGCGAUCCAGGGACCUCAGCCAACCCAGGGAGCUUAGGCGAUCCAGGGACCUCAGCCAACCCAGGGAGCUUAGGCGAUCCAGGGACCUCAGCCAACCCAGGGAGCUUAGGCGAUCCAGGGACCUCAGGCGAUCUAGGGACCUCAGCCAACCCAGGGAGCUUAGGCGAUCCAGGGACCUCAUCCAACCCAGGGAGCUUAGGCGAUCCAGGAACUUCAGCCUGCCCAGGGACCCCAGCAAACCCAGGGAUCCCAGGCUACAUCAACAUCACAUGGCAUGGACCGGGCUUCGUCGUCAUCGACACCAUUUGCCACCCCAAUGUCGACCGCACCCUCAGCCACAGUUAUUUGAGGACUUUA